AUGUCCAAGUAUAUACCGUCAUCGGCAUCUAAUAACACCUCGUUGACGAAAGUGGCUAAUGGACCUUCGAACAGGAAUAACAACUAUUUGACCUCCUCAGCAUCAACAUCAAACUCAAAUCCAAAUUCAAGUUACAAGAAUCAUAAAGUUUUUGACUUGGAUGAGGACUUCGAUAGUGCACUUUGUCCUCCAGCGUUGUCUCCCUUUGCAUUGUCUAUUUUAGACGACAAAUUAGGUGAUCGAUAUAAAAACAGUAGGGAAAGUGGGAGUCACCGGAAAAUUGAGAAAAGGGACCAUAAUAAACUGCAUACCAAUUCAACUUUAAACUCGAUAUCUACUAAUGAAUUUACCAAUCCGAAGAAUCAAAACUUAACCAAUACAACUGUCACGAGACAUUCUACGUUUAUGCGUAAACUAGGUCUAGGUGCACCAAAGAGACUGACUAUAAAUGGCGAUUUCCAAUCCACCGGCAAUUCACAACUUCCUGAUGAUCAUUCUGAAAGCCCGAAUACAGGUACCAAUUUCAAAGAUAUAAAGAGGAAACAUUCAUUGCAAUUAACACCGAAUAGAUAUUCUCCAACCCACAAAAAGACAUCUCUCCCAGCAUCCAGUAUAAACGAUUUAUCAAAUAAGACAUCAACACCUACUAAACAGAAUAAAUUACCAAAUUCCAUUGUCAACUCACACGUUCCAAUUUUAGAGUCUCCUGAAUUUGGUAGAAAGACAAAACUGAAUCUGUCCGAUAGCAAACCAAAUGGCGGGAUCAUCGAUAUCUUUAGAGAUGAUAAACCGUUCGUUUUAAAUCUUGAUAGCAAAUCAAACAAGGAAAACAUAAAUCCUUCCAAUGAUUUUGAUCAUAUACAAUCUUUGGCUGAAAAGAAAAAGGAAAUUUAUCAACUAAAGAAAGAGCUUCAAGAAUACAAGGAUGAAUUGGAUAAACAGAAAAAAAUGAAGAAUGAAAAACAACCAGAUAAUAAUCGUGAUAAUAACAAUGUUGAAAAUAACAACAUGAAUAGUAACCAAAAAAUAACAAUCAAUAAGCGAACGUACAACCUACUUGAACAAAUUGGUAAAGGUGGAUCUUCCAAAGUCUACAGAUGCUCAAUUAUUGAUUCUCCUAAACGAUUUUUUGCAAUCAAAAUUGUUAACUUGGAAGAUCAUGAAAGCUCUACAAUUCAGGAAUUGAAAGGUGAGAUCAAAAUUCUACAUAAACUAAGGCAUUGUAAUAGGGUUGUUAGGUUGCUAGAUUAUUCGUUAACUUCAAAGAAUAUCUAUUUUGUAAUGGAAUGUGGUAAUCUUGAUUUAGCCACUGUAUUGUCAAAUAGACACACUUUGAAAAAAUUCUAUGAUUUAGAGUUUAUCAGGUAUCAUUCACAAGAAAUGAUAAAAUGUAUUGAUACUAUACAUCAACUUGAUGUUGUUCAUUUGGAUUUGAAGCCCGCAAAUUUUGUUUUUGUCAAUGGUAUCUUAAAAUUGAUUGACUUUGGAAUUAGUAAUUCAAUCAAAGGGCAUACCGUCAAUGUCUACAGGGAGUUUCAGAUGGGCACACCCAACUAUAUGGCACCUGAAACUUUGAUUGAUUGUGCGGAGAAUGAAAAUGGUUCGUCUAUAUGGAAGGUUGGAAAACCUGCGGAUGUUUGGUCUCUAGGUUGCAUAUUAUACCAAUUAACGUAUGCAAUGACUCCAUAUGCUUCAUACACAGGUACAAAAAAAAUUUUGGCAAUCACAAAUCCUUCUAUCAAUAUAAACUAUCCUUCAAACGCAGUUAAUCUAAGGAAAAAACCAGAAGAGAGGGAUAAUGAGGAUGAAUUGGAGCGAGUUUGCCCUUAUUUGAUUGAUAUGAUUAAAAAAUGUUUGAUAAGAGACCCUAGUAGGAGAAUAACGUCUCAAGAACUGUUGGGGCAUCCGUUCAUAAAUCCUGUUAUUAUUGAUAAAAGCGUCAUCAAAGAGGUUGUUCGUGGAUGUGUUGGGUUUGGAGGCCGCCAUCCAGAGUUGAAGAAAAUUGCAUUAAGUACCAGUCAUACUGAUGAAAAUUCUACUAAAGAGGAUAAGAGAGCCCAAGAGCGUUUGGAUCGAUUGAUUGAGGGUGUAUGGAAACGUGUUAGUGGUGAAAAGGUUGAAUAA